AUGUCUCAAUUCUGUCGUUUAAGAAUCUUUAGCAAAUGGCUAACACGAAACGUGAGCACAAUAACAACUACACGCUUUGGAAGUCUUCAGCAACGUAUAGCCCAAGAAAAAGAUUUGUCAAAACUCCUUACGGUCAUAGUCUCUGAUCUUGAAACAACCGGCUUGCCUACGGUAAAGCAGCGAGUCGUCGAAAUCGCAGCUAAGGACCAAGCUGGUGGUGAAAACAGCACGUUUCAAUCUCUUAUCAACCCUGGUUUUUCUAUCUCAAAAAGACGUAUCCAUGGGAUUAGAAAUGAUAUGGUUUAUCGAAAAGAUGUUCCUAGGAUGGAAGAGAUGAUACCGGAGUUUUUGGGGUAUCUUGAGAGCCGAAAGAAGCCUGGAGGUUAUGUGAUGCUUGUUGCACACAAUGGCAAAACAUUUGAUUUCAAGUUUCUGAUCAAUGAGUUUAGUCGUUGCUCUUUUGAAUUUCCUCAUGAUUUGCUGUUACUUGAUACUCUCCCACUUGCUAGAGAGUAUAUCAAGUCUCUAGAGUCAGAUGUUAAGCCAAAAGCGUCACUAUCAGCUUUAGGGGAUUACUACAAUUUUUUAAGGGAAGGUGAAGCACACAGAGCCUUACCAGAUGUCUUACUGUUAUCUAAGGUGUUCCCGAGACUCACCACUGGUCUCAAUCUUUCACUCGCUGAUCUUGUUCUCCGCUCUCACACCGCAUCCGACCUUAUUGCUGCCAUGGCAAAGAACAAGAAGAAGACUCAAACAAAGUUUUUAGAGCUUUAA